UUCCUCCUGACCAAGUCCAUGACUAGUAUUUACCUAAAGUUUGAUCAACGUCUUCCAAUACAAGUUGAUUGUGAAAUACACACACACACAUAUAUAUGUGUGUGUGUGUAUACAUGUGUGUGCGCGCAAAUCUAUUAAUAGCUAGCAGCUAGCCCCAGCCAUUAGUAACCAGAAACCUAGAUCGAUACAUAGUCGCAACAGAUUCAUUAGAGAUAGAUUUGAGAUAUGGCUUCACGUAGCCAGCUUCUUUGUCUCCAGCUUGCCUUUCUCUUGCUGUCUCUUAAUGCAACCACAGGUUUCUCACAACUCUCUACGGAUUUCUACGGCGAAUGUUGUCCCCAAGCUUUGCCCACCAUUAAAAGGGUCGUCGAGGCUGCAAUAUACAAACAGCGACGCGUUGGUGCUUUUCUGCUACGUAUGCAUUUCCAUGAUUGUUUUGUCAAUGGUUGCGAUGCUUCAGUUCUUCUGGAUCCUACACCCACCAUUGACAGCGAGAAAAAUGCUGUCCCUAACCAAAAUUCUCUCCGAGGAUUCGACGUGGUGGACAACAUCAAGUUGGAGGUAGACAAAGCUUGUGGAGGUCCGGUCGUCUCAUGCGCAGACAUCUUGGCUGUCGCAGCUCGAGACUCAGUCGUAGCUCUGGGAGGGCCAACAUGGAAGGUGCAGCUAGGAAGGAGAGACUCGACCACAGCCAACAGGACUUUAGCCGACAUCGACAUUCCGGCUCCAGUUUUCGACCUCCCUGAACUGAUUGAAAACUUCAAGAAGCAAGGACUUAAUGAAAAAGACUUGGUCGCACUCUCCGGUGGCCACACUCUAGGCUUUGCACGUUGUCUUGUCUUCAGGAGCAGAAUAUACAAUGACAAAGACAUCAACCCCGCAUUUGCAAAAAAACUUCAAACCACAUGUCCACAAAGUGGAGGGGACUUCAAUCUCGCACCUUUGGACCCAACAGAUGCUCGUUUUGACACAGCAUACUUCACCAACUUGGUUAAGCAGAAGGGGCUUCUCGAUUCUGAUCAAGCUCUGUUCAAUGGAUCAGACUCCACGGAUGCGCUGGUGAAGAAGUACAGUUUAAAUGCCAAAGCCUUUUCAAAGGCUUUUGCUAAGUCCAUGAUUAAGAUGGGAAAUAUAAAACCAUUGACUGGGAAUCAAGGUGAAAUUCGCUCGCAAUGUAGUAAAGUGAACUAUAGUUAAUUAAUACUACCAGUCAUUAUAUGAAACAACCAUGAUUAAUUAGUGGUUGAAUAUUGCACGUAUGUCAUAUAUAUAUAUAUAUAUAUAUAUAUAUUCUAAGUGUGUUUUAUAAGGUUUUAAUAUUGUGUAAUAUUAUGUGAUAUAUCGAGUCGAUUGUAUUCUGAGAACUGAACCAGUCUUCUUUUUUCCUGCUAAUAUUGUAUUUGCUCUCUUCUUCGAAUAGUACUACUGUCAUUCUGUUGAUCACUAAUCAUAAGAGAUUAAGGGCAGACUUGAUACGUAA